CGUAGGAAAGGGGGAGACUAAAGGUUUUGGACGGCUCUAACGCGUCCCUAUCCCAGGGGCAUCGCAAGACGGUGAAUGCGAGCGUCUAUUGCACGUGAUGACGUUGUGAUCUCAUGGAGUUUGGUGACUUCGUUGCGACAACCCUGUGUCAGUUUUUCGCGCGCGGCGGUGACAAACGGCUGAAGUUCCCACUUGACUCCUUCACUCUACUGAGGCAUCUUGUCGUAACUGCGACGGAAUCUGCCACUCAGCAAACUCGGCGCUUGCGUCUGACCGAUCGGCGCGCGUUUAACUCUCACCUCCGCAGACUGGCUGCUGGUUGGGAUAAAGGGUCCAUAAUUUUAUCAGAAGAGCUGCCCCUGAAGGGUUCGUAUUUGGCAGGCGAUGAGCAGGACGUGAACAUCCUCAGCCUUCAGGUCCGCGGCGAUACGGCUGGUCGCAAACGGAAGCGCGACGAGGAGCAUCCUGGCAUACAGUCCCUUGAUUCAAGUGCUUUCCUCGUUUCCGCCACCACAAAGGCCUCACUGGCUUUGUCAUCGUCUCCUUCAGUCAAUCAAGAGCUUGAGGAAAUAUACACCCUCCUUCAGAGAGGAACUGCUCGAGGGAAAUUGCUUGCUGAGCGUCACAUGUCAACCUCCGACGCAUUCGAACCAAUAUGCGAGCACACAACAAAGAAAGACUGUAUAAAGGCCCGUUUGGAUUCCGGGGAAGUAUCAUCGUCGAGGAGCCCUUAUUGUGAAAAGGUUCACUUUAAGCCCCUCAUUCGUCCGCAUACUGAUCCCUCGCUGGGUCACUGUUCAUAUUUGAAUACUUGUUACUCAGAACCCACAUAUGCUAUGUCGCCUUCAAUUCACCCGCUUCCUGCCAUCGCCCGAACAUCGAACGCGGCUUUGCCAUCGGGUCUUGGCGCAGGCGGAAAAGGAAAAGAAAAAGCUCCAUGUCGUUAUCUCCACUUUGAAGUCGACUAUGACGAAGCAGCAGACGCCAAGGCCCAAACUCAAAUCGUCAAGCCACCCAGCAAAAGGAAGUUGGACAUUGGGAACGGCCCCUCAGGGCCAAAUCAGUCUUCACCUCCUCCCCAAUGGAUUAACUGUGAUUUGCGGAAAUUUGAUGCAUCCGUCCUUGGAAAAUUCCAUGUUAUCAUGGCGGAUCCUCCUUGGGAUAUUCACAUGAGUUUGCCAUACGGUACAAUGACCGAUGACGAGAUGAAGAGCAUGCCAAUCCCUGCCUUACAGGACGAAGGAUUACUAUUCUUAUGGGUUACUGGCAGAGCGAUGGAUGUUGGGCGAGAAUGCAUGCAGGUAUGGGGCUAUACCCGCGUAGACGAGGUUGUUUGGGUGAAGACGAAUCAACUCCAGCGAAUGAUACGCACAGGUCGAACGGGCCACUGGUUAAAUCAUACCAAAGAGCACAUGCUCGUGGGGAUCAAGACUGUCCUGGAUGAGUCCGGCAACCUCAAGUGGCCAUCUUGGGUCAACAGAGGCAUCGACACGGACGUGAUUGUCAGUGAGGUCCGCGAAACCAGCCGGAAACCGGAUGAAAUUUAUGGAGUCAUUGAGAGGAUGUGCCCGGGAGGUCGAAAGAUAGAAAUUUUCGGUCGGAAGCACAACACACGUCCAGGUUGGCUUACACUAGGGAAUCAGCUCGGCGACGACUGCAUUGUAGAUCCCGAGUUGGCAGCACGCAUUGAAGCCAGAUAUCCGGGACGUUCAUACGCAAAUCAGUCGUCGCCCGUCCAGUCACAGUGAAAAUAAACAGAUAUUGGUUGCUCUAGGUUGAUCUCUAAGGGUCAGAACGGUGGAAGGAGAAACAUGGGGUCGAGGAAGGUUUACGACAUGCGGAUCUCCUGUUGAGGCCUGGGAGGCAACAGCGAGGAAUUGAAUGAAAGCUUGGGUUGUGCUGUAACUCGAAGCUAUUCUGGGAGGCCCUACAGCCUGUAUGAUGGGAGCAAGGCUGCAGUUUGAGUAAAACGAAAUGUAUUCUUUGCUAUGUCAAUACAUGACUGAGCUCGUUGAAACGCUCGGAGAAUGAAACUUCA